ACACCAGGAUUGGUCGUAAUCUGUGUUGUGCGUGACGUUUUUAGACGUUGCACGUCUAUACUUGAAAAACUAAUAAUAAACAUAUACAUCGUGUAUCUUGUUUCUCGAAAUCGAUCGUUUCCUUGAAAAAGCGUAGUUAAAGUUUUAACAUAGGGAGAAAUAAAUUAAAAUUGAACAACGAAUACAGCAAAUAAGAACUGUUGGUUGGGAUGUCCGAUUUUAGUUUGUGACGUCAUGCGCAAAACAGUUCAUGCCUCAUUCCCUCCGUAUAUCUAUCCAGCUGUCCGUGGUUUGGCAGUCCGGUGAACGAUAUUUUCUCAGGGUGAUUACUACGUAGGUUUUAUGUUGGUGGCCAUUCCCACGAACGACAGGUGGAAAUUCAAGGUGUUAAAAUAUCGAUAGACGAUCAAGUGCCAAUCGGAAACCUGUUAAGUAAAACUGAUUUUGAACAACCUAUAACGGUAUUAUACGGGUAGGGUGGCCUUCGGACUGACAAAAGGUAAAGACGUACGCAGCAGAAACAACUGGCGUUUUCUCGUAUAUGUGACGAAGUUACACGAAGUAAACCGUCGUGUAGGACUUGGUUGUUUCUUUUAUCAGAGAAGCAGCGUUAACGUGAGCUAUUGACGGCAUUGUAACGUUCUGGAAUAUUUAUCCGUAUCAACGAUUUGGGAGCGACGAGCCCACUCGUGAGGGAUGUCUACCCCUGCAAGAAGGAGACUAAUGAGAGACUUUAAGAGACUACAAGAAGACCCACCCACUGGAGUAUCGGGAGCACCUACAGACAAUAAUAUUAUGAUAUGGAAUGCAGUUAUCUUUGGACCUCAUGAUACUCCGUUUGAAGAUGGUACUUUCAAACUUACAAUAGAAUUUACAGAAGAAUAUCCAAAUAAGCCACCGACAGUGAGAUUCAUCAGUAAGAUGUUCCACCCUAAUGUGUAUGCUGAUGGAGGCAUAUGUUUGGACAUAUUACAGAAUCGUUGGAGCCCUACUUAUGAUGUAUCUGCUAUUCUAACAUCUAUACAGUCGCUGUUAAGUGACCCGAACCCGAAUUCGCCUGCCAACUCAAUGGCAGCACAACUGUACAAAGAGAAUCGACGUGAAUACGAGAAGCGAGUGAAGGCUUGUGUGGAGCAGAGUUUUACGGAUUAGUCGCAGGCAUUAUCACAAUGCUGUUGCAGCAUCACCCAACCAUCUACAGCUAUCAAAUACUGUGGAGAAUGUGCAGCCUUAUCAAGAAGCUAACGCUAUAAAUUAGCAUGUUUCUUCCUAAAGCUCUAUUGAACUAUUACAAUGUGCAACAUUAGACCGAAUUUUUACAAUGUUGAAUAAUAAAUUAUUAUAAAAUUGUAUAUUUAUUUAUUUCGAUAUUUGAUAACAAAUCGAUUAUUUCAAUAUUUGAUUGAAGUUAGUGAUAUUAAAAAGAGUAGAAGACAAUUUGGCGGUUUUUGUCUCUGUAGUACUAAGCAAAGUCUUUCACAAGGAUAGAACUAUAUCUCAAUUAAAUUGCAGUACUUCAUAUAGUACAUAAAUUCACUUAUACAUAUAUACACACAUGUAAGUGUGUAUAUAUUUAUAUAUAUACACAUACACUAUACAUAAUAAAUACAUAACUUUACUUUAUA